UUUGCUGCGAAUUGCGAUGGUGUUUGGGUGGUGAGAGAAGAACAAAACAAAACAAAACAAACAAAGAAGAACAAUUUCGAACAUCGAUUGAUUGAAGCUUUGUUAGGUCAAAACAACAACACACCGAUGCAAGGUGUGGUGCUCAAUACACAAUCUUACUGCAGAACCCUUCAAUCUUCUCCGUCCCCUUCUUCCUCCACCACCGAAAAGGGUACAGGGUUUUUCGGUAAGCAUGUUCUUUUCAGGAGGAAGAACAAUAACUCUCUGCGUCCUUGCGUUUGGUUUCAUUCACCGCACUCUACACGUCCAUUUGCUAUAAAGGCGGUUGCCACUCCAGAUCCAGCUAUAGAAUUGCCAUUAACCGCUGAAAAUGUAGAAAGUGUGCUCGAUGAAAUUCGACCGUAUCUUAUUUCAGACGGUGGAAAUGUUGCUCUACAUGAAAUCGAUGGCAAUGUUGUACGGUUGAAGUUACAAGGUGCUUGUGGAUCGUGUCCGAGUUCUGUUACGACAAUGAAAUUGGGCAUUGAACGGAGAUUAAUGGAAAAGAUCCCUGAAAUAGUCGCAGUUGAGCCGAUAUCUGACGAAGAAACCGGUCUUGAGCUAAAUGAUGAAAACGUUGAAAAGGUGUUAGAGGAAAUAAGGCCAUACCUGGUUGGGGCUGCUGGUGGAUCUCUUGAAUUGGUAGCCAUUGAGGAGCCAAUUGUAAAGGUUCGAAUCACAGGUCCAGCUGCUGGUGUCAUAACUGUGCGUGUUGCUGUUACACAGAAAUUGCGAGAAAAAAUACCUGCUAUAGCAGCAGUUCAGCUGUUAUGAUGAUAUUUUGGUACAAAACGAAGCGUGAAGAUAAAAUUAUAUGGCAUUCUUGUAAAAUCUUUCAUGAAACACUAAUGGGAAUAAAGUAUUACAUUACAUGGGAUGUAUAGUAGAUUUAAUAUAAUGCUUUCACAUUGGAAGAAGACUUCCAUUACUAUUAUACAGUCAAACUACUGUUUGUGAAUUUUUAGAAUAGCUACCUGUUCUACAUUGAGUUUAAGAAAUAGUACCUAUUGAAAUUCA